AUGAAAAAUUGCGCAUUUUCCAAUGUCGUCAAGGAUCCCUUUUCAACGGCGGCUGAAUGUAAUGCAAGGUACCACAUUGGAGAGAGCCUAUUGCGGACCACAGGAUCGUUUCUUGAGUUUGUCGGUGCUUAUGACAAGUUCGAAAAUCAUGGAUUUAGACAAAAGAACGGUGCUGCAUUCAAGUUCAACAGCAAGCCAGCCGCAUACUCCAAUUUCCUUCAACACGGUCAACACGCUUGGAAUGUAGACCGAUCUCAAUGCGAUGAUCUCAUGUUUAAACAUGCCCGGGAAUGUGGCGCGAUGGCCUUUGACGGUGUCAAGGUCCAAUCUAUCGAGUUUUUGCAGUCGAUCUGUCAGGAUGGACACGAAAGCGGCGAGCAAGAAAAUCUUGGAAACCCAGUUUCUGCUUCCUGGAUCCGCAAAGACAAGACCAAAGGCAGCAUUAAAUUUCAGUACCUGGUGGAUGCCUCCGGGCGAGCGGGCCUGAUCAGUACCAAGUACAUGAAAAAUCGCAUGUUCAAUGAAGGGCUGAAAAAUGUCGCUUCUUGGGGUUACUUUGAGGGGUUUGAAAUGUACGGCAUCGGCACACUUGCUGAAGGUUGCCCUUGCUUUACAAGCUUUCCAGAUGGAUCGGGCUGGGUAUGGUUCAUUCCCCUGAAAGAGAAUAAAGUUUCUGUUGGAGUCGUGAUGGAACAGAAAAGUGCGACUGCGAAGAAGAAACUGAUGGGGUCCCCUUCCUCUCGCGAAUGGCUUUUGGCACAGGUCAAAGAAGCGCCUGAGAUAUGUGAUCUUCUCGCAAAGGCCACUCUUAUUUCUGACGUGAAAAGCGCCUCUGACUGGUCCUACACCGCACCCACUUAUGCAAGUACAAAUAUCCGGAUCAUUGGAGAUGCUGGGUGUUUUAUUGACCCGCUUUUUUCAUCGGGUAUUCACCUUGCCCUCACUGGGGCUUUCUCGGCCGCAGCAACGAUUUGCUCCUCGUUUAAGAACGACUGUUCUGAAAAGGUUGCGGCGGAUUGGCAUACGAAGAGAAUCCAAGAAGCGUAUGCAAGGUUUUUGCUCGUGGUCGCGAGCACAUAUGGGCAGAUCACUGGCAAAGAAGCAUCGAUUCUCAAUGAUGAGGGCGAGAGCAACUUCGACAAUGCUUUCGAAUUAAUUCGCCCUAUUAUCCAGGGGUCCGCAGAAGAAUCCACAGGAAAGGCUGCACCAGAGGAUGCUUCCGAGGCCGUCGCAUUUUGUAUGACAGUUAUACAAAAAGCGCAAAAUCGAUCAGAAGACAUCAGCAUCGGGGAUAGAAUUAUCAGGGCUGCAAUGCAACCAGAUACUGGAUCCUUAGAUGGUAGCGACAUUGAUGGGAUGGUGAUCAACGCUCAGCGCGGUUCUCUUGGUCUUGUGAAGGUUUAG